CACAACCAGAUCACAAAGCUGAAGAUCGACAGGAAUCCCUUCGCCAAAGGUUUUCGGGAUCCUGGGAGGAACAGAGGGGUCCUGGAUGGGCUCCUGGACACCUACCCGUGGCGGCCUCCCCUCGCCUUGGACUUCAAGGCUUUCGGCGCAGACAGCCAGGGUGGGAGCUCCAGUUCUUCGCCAGUGACGUCCAGCGGCGGGACGCCCUCUCCUCUCAACUCCCUGCUCUCUCCAUCGUGCUCACCUCCUACGUUUCACUUGUCGGCGAGCAACAUCGGCAUGUCGUGCCCCGAGACCUACCUACACAACCUCAACGUGCCCCUGUACUACAAGAUUUGUCCUACGAGCUUCUUAAGACAACAGUCUCUCAUCUUUCCAAGCCACGAAAAACUGGGAGGCACCAACCCGCAUCUUCUACCCCACUUCAUGGUGGACAUGCCAAAACUCUCUUCCCUCGGCAUAACCAGUCUGAAAAAUACUAAAGCUGAAGACUUAAACGGGCAAUGCCUACAAGUACCCAGUUCUGCGAAUCAAAUGCUGUAUGGAUUACAUGCAUCUGGAAACAUUUUCCCAUCAAGUCCCAUUGCUCGGGAAGCACUUAAUUGUUCUUUACAUCCUCCAUAUGGCUUGUACGGUUAUAACUUCUCCGUGCCAUCUAGACUGAUGAAUGCAGCAAGCCAUUUCAAAGUGAGUGACAGCAUCCCGGCUUCCUUGAGAGAUGGCAGAUGUAAUCACUCUAACUGGCACCCGACAAUUAACCAUUGCCUUUAGUGGAACUAUAUGUUAUUUCUAAGCAUUGAUAUGUAAAGCAAGCUUUUCCUUCCUUCAUACCCAAGGGCUUGCUAGUUAUCGACUAUGAAAUACUGCAUGGUACGGGAGCGGUAUGUUUAGGCAUUUAACUCCUUUUGUGGGCAAACGUGUCAUGCUGUUGGGAGGGCGGAGGACCUGGGAGCGCGGAGGGUCUGAGACGAUCCACAGCAAGGUAGUACCCUUCGGUAAUAUUUAUGUCAUGGUUGUAGGUUAAGAGCAAACCGUGCAGUUGCCUUUUUAAUAUUUGCACUCUGAAGUGGGAACGUAGACACACACAUUUCUACAAAUAUGUUUUCCUGAAACUCUCUAUCUCGCUUGCCUUUAGUUAGCUCAAAGCCCUAGUGAGCUUCUGCUCACCCCACUCGAGUUUUUCCACUAAUUUCAAAGGGACUAUUCAAGACCCUGAGGCAGCAAAGGAGCCGUGUUUGGCCAGGUGCUUGAGCAUCUUCUCAAGUUCCCUUGGAUUUAAUGGGUCUUAAUUAAGGACAUGGAAGAGCCUUGUUCUCCAGGACCCAGAUGUCAGACUGAGGACAUAAAUCUAAGUAUCUGCUGCCAAAGGAAAGCCAGACAGGAUAAAAGAUGGAUGUGUUCCUACCUCGUGGGGAUGAGAAAGCAGUGCCUGAUGCAGGGGAGCCCCAAGAACCCUCCUCUCCAUGCUCCCACUUCUGGAGAUCUCCAGGAGGAGGUAGAGCAGAGAGGCACCAGCACGGAUGGUGCGGUGGGAAGGAACAGGGCAUGGGGGGUCACACGUCUCCCCCAUGGCAAGACAGAUCCACGCUGGGGGAGCUGGAGGAUACACCUCAGAGAGCUGUGGGGGAUGAAACACCUCCGGGGGCCCUUGCAGGACACUCCUCCAACCCAGAGCUUUCAGCCCCAGGGGACACAGAAGAUCCACGGGGGAUCGUGUCCCGUGCCUGCGGGAAGGGGCAAGGACACUCCUGGCUCAGUCCUGGGAGAGUUACAACUCUACGGGCCCCGAAACAUGAGAUUUUCAAUUCCUUCCAAAAGUCCUGUUUGGUUUAUUAUAACCUGUGGAUAUUCCUGUUAUUCCUGUAAAUAAUCUCUAGCUCUCAAGGGCACAAUAUAACUGACAAUAAAUUGGGGCACAGGUUUUAUUCUUUAUUUGAUCGACACUCAGUCCCUAUCUGAAGCCAAAUUUAUUACUUGAUAUAUGACAGAGAUUUGAAAAUACUGCUUGACUGGGACUGGCUGCAUUUUGGGAUUAAGAUAAGAGAAUCGUGUAUUUACAAGCGUAACGCAGCACUAUAUAGGGGUUAAGCGCAGGUUUAAGAAUCAAAACUGGUAUCAGAGUUUUGGUUUUAUUUUCAUCCCUAACAGGCAACAAAUUAAGAGCAGAACAAUCAAUAUCAAAAGCUGUUAAAAUAACAAAGAGUUACACUUUUACUUUCAUGAGACGUUGCUAAAAAUCAGACAUUUUUUUUUUCCAUAAUUGACCCGUUUUAAGUGUUCGCAGAGCCCCCGGCAAUACCAGUAUGAAAUGGUGGGCUGUGCUUGCCUCGCUAAAUGGUCUGUGCAUCUGUAAAAAUGAACAAACCUGCUUUC